AUGGGUUUUGGAAAUAGUUCUUUGUUUUUGAAGAUAACGUUCGUUUUACUGGUAGUUGCCUUCGUAAUACAGCUUCUAGCUCUGGCUAUUCCUUAUUGGUUCAGUGCUGACAAUUCGGGAGUAUGCGUGCACUUUUCAGGCUGGUGGGAGGCAACACAAGCCUUUGAAGUGAUUGGAAUCCUGCUUAUUAUCGCAGCCUUAAUUCUGGUCAUCGUUGUCAUCUUUGUCAAGGACAUGAAAGUUCUUAAACUCAUCGCCUUCAUCUUGAGCUUCUGUGCAUGUGGAUGCAUUCUUCUGGGUGUGAUUAUAUGGGGAGCAGAGGCUUUCUAUCCAUACGACGAAUACUCGGGCAGCUUUGCUCUGGCCAUCAUAUGUAGUAUCGUGAUGCUGGUCGCAGGAAUCCUCGGACUCUUGGACUGGAUGGGCAAAGGGAAAUAAACAAAUGACUUCAGAGGGUGUUAUACCCCUUCCCUCUUGCGCUCCGGGAACUAUUUCAUUUUCUACCCGAAUGCUGUGUCACACAUACUAUUAUACGAAUUGAAGAGUCUCGGGUACCGAAUAAUGCCAAAUGUCGAGGGAAGGGUUUUAGCCACACCUAUUAACUCAUCAUAUGCAUUACCAGAAGGACAAUUUACGGAGUAGUUGCUUGCCUGCCCUUGUAUAUUACGUUCGAAGCUUGGCGUGGAGAUGA